AAGACAAACAAAAAAAAAAAAAAAGAGAACGAAGAAGAAGAUUUUACAAAAAAUUCUUGUCUUUUCCUAUAAUCGUUUCAAUCUUCUUCUUCUUGUUCAUCAAUCUCAUUGGAAUUUGAAUCCUUUCUGGGUUAUUUAUCUUAUCCAUCAUCAAUCCUCACAAAGCCCUACUUUUUGGAUCAACGCUUCAAUCUCAACCUAGCUUUCACAAACCUGCACAAGGAAGGAUCCGAUCCUCUACUUCGAUCACCACUUGCAAUUUUUCUUUGUCAAUGCCGGUUCUUCUGAUAACGAAAUUGAGGAGGAUGUCUUGAUUUUCAUAGAAAUCUGCACAUUCAUAAUAUUUGAUUUUACUUAAUUACCCACAAUCAUAAUUAAUUAAUUAAGCAGAGCAGAAAGAGAGGUGAUUAUUAUGUUGUGUUGCGGAGGUGCAGAAGAGGAACCUUAUGGGCCCCCUGCUAACCAAUACACUGCCCCUCCCAAAGGAAGCCCUUACGGCGCACUUGAGCCAAAGGCGGCCAACCCAUCGAGAGGAGUCCCACAGAAGGUGUUGCCAAUUGAAACCCCAAGCAUACCUUUGGAAGAGCUCAAUAGAUUAACAGAUAACUUCGGCCAGAAGUCAUUGAUCGGAGAAGGCUCUUACGGUCGUGUUUUCUAUGCAACUCUAAGCGAUGGUGUGCCGGCGGCAAUAAAGAAGCUCGACACCACCACUUCCCAAGAACCCGACACUGAUUUUGCAGCCCAGCUAUCGGUUGUUUCCAGAUUGAAAAACGAUCAUUUUGUGGAGCUAAUGGGGUAUUGUUUAGAGUCAAACAACCGAAUCUUGGUCUACCAGUAUGCCUCCAUGGGCUCAUUGCAUGAUGUCUUGCAUGGGAGGAAAGGGGUACAAGGGGCCGAGCCAGGGCCAGUUUUGAACUGGAAUCAAAGAGUGAAGAUAGCCUUUGGAGCGGCAAAAGGUUUAGAUUAUCUACACGAGAAAUGUCAACCUCCGAUAGUCCAUAGGGAUGUGAGGUCGAGCAAUGUGCUGCUCUUUGAUGACUUCACCUCCAAGAUAGCAGAUUUCAACAUCUCCAGUGCUUCCUCUGACACCGCCGCCCGUCUGCAUUCCACCCGAGUCUUGGGAACUUUUGGCUACCAUGCUCCAGAGUAUGCCAUGACCGGGCAAAUAACUCAGAAGAGUGAUGUUUACAGUUUCGGUGUGGUUUUAUUAGAGCUUCUCACAGGCAGAAAGCCAGUGGACCAUACAAUGCCUAAAGGACAACAAAGUCUUGUUACAUGGGCCACACCUAGAUUGAGCGAAGACAAAGUGAAGCAAUGUGUGGAUCCCAAGCUAAACAACGAGUACCCACCAAAGGCAGUUGCCAAGCUAGCCGCCGUGGCUGCACUUUGUGUCCAGUACGAGGCAGAUUUCAGGCCAAACAUGACGAUUGUUGUGAAGGCUCUUCAACCAUUGCUCAACUCCAAACCUGCUGGUCCAGACCCUACAGCUACUGCAUAAUGGAGUGGAAGAGAUCAAUCUGAUUCUAUUGCUAACUUCAAGAGCGUAUACUGACUCGGUAGAGAGAAAGAGAGUGUGAGAGCGGGGGAUAUUGUGUUUAUAGUUAAUUUUUCAAAUAUAUCUAUAUGGAGAGAAGAACAUAACAGGUAAAAGUCAGGGAGUGAUUUGGACCAAACUAGACAAUUUGUAUGCAAUUGGUGAAAAAACUUUAUGUCAUCUAGAGUGUGAGAUUAUGUAAUUUGAAUGCACAUAAAUUUGUUUAUUGUUUCGUCAGUUGUUUUUUUUCACCAACCACUUAACCUUUAUAAUAGUUUACUUGUGUUUAAAAAUAGGGUUCUAAAUUGAAAUGAAAUUAGUAGAUUUAU